AUGAUUCGUGGAAGAACAGCGAAAAACAUAAGCUCUGACUGGAACAUUGAUGCGCUGGAGGAGAAGAACAGGCUGCAGAGGAAGUAUCGUAUCUUGAUGGGAGAUUUGGAGGCUGCCAGAAUCCAUACACAGGAGUAUAUUCACAAGCAGUGGCUGGAGAUAGACGUAUUAUGUAAGCAGUACAUGGAAGUGCAGGAGAAACUGAAUGUAUCCCAGAGCCAACCAUACAGGCAGUCUGACAGACACUGUGGUCAGCAGCUCCGGGCUCUGCUGAAGCGCUGCGACCAGCUCGACAAGGAUAUGGAGCGCGAGAGACUCAUUCAAGUGAAGCUUAAGCAAGAGAUCCAGUGCAUUCAGAAGGAACUGGAAGAUAGUAAGCUACAGUUUCAGGCUCAAGAAUUUGAAGAGUUCAAUGGAAAUAAACUGGAAAAUAAACUGGAACAUACUCAAAAUUGUAUCAACAUGAAGAUGGCGGAGAAACAUCAGCUGAAAAAGGAGGUGGAUAAACUGCAUAUGGAUCGUGUUCAAUUCCAGCAAUUGCGCCGCAAUCUGGACAAGGAGCUUCAGAAAAUCCAGCGAGACAUUAAUGAUGUCGUCGACAUAACAAUGGCAGCUCAGAAUGAAAGGAAGAAGGCCCACAUGAAGAUGAUGAUGAUGAUGAAGGAGAAGAAGCGCAUUGAUGAAUUCAUGGCUACUGAGUACAGAGAGUGGACAGGACUGGACGAUGCACUCAGCCACAGACAUGAAAUGAAGGAGAAGUGCUGGACCAGCUCAGAGGUUUCAGAGGAGGACCUAAAGGAACUUUUCCGGCGGCUCCAGGAGGUGAUCAGCGAGGAAGAUUUGGAUAUGCUAGUCACCAAAUUGUUCCAGGGUGAAGAAAGGAACUUUAAUCUCUAUAAAUACCUGAAUGAGCAAAACUCAAUGUCUGAGGGUCUGAAACAUCAAAUCACAGAGUUAAAAGAGAAGAUAGAGGAGAUCAAUGAGGAGGAUCGGAAGAAGGAGCAGGAGCAUCAAAACAUUCUCAAGCAGAUGAAGGUGCAAUGGAGAGACACUAAAGCUCAGACCCUGGAGUACCAGUCCAGGACCAAACAAGUCGCUGAGACCCUGGAUCAGAUUUACACAGGAGUGAAGCGUGUGUUUGAUAAGAUCAAUUGCGAUCGUGCGGCAUUGGAAGACAUGCUCUGUGAUUCAAGUGGAAUUAGAUAUUCCAGCGUGAUGAUAUACCUGAAGAUGGUGGAGGAGAAAAUUGACGAGUUGCUCGCUAUCCAGAACUUCAUCAAAUCUAAGGUACAGGUUCAUGAUCCGGAACUGAGUGAGGAGGAGAAACAAACUUCUGACUUUGAACCUCCUUCUUGUAGUGAUGAUGAACUGCUGCCAAUCCCACAUGAGGAUGAUGUUUCUUCUGGGAAGACUUUGGAAAGUGUGUAA